AUGGACUCCCUGUCUGAAGUAUUCAUAUGCAAUCCAGUCACUCGUGAGUACGUCAGGAUUGAUAUGGGUCGUGAUUGUGAUUCAAAAGAUUAUGCAUUUGGGUUUGGAAUGAGCAAAAGUGGUCAGUGCAAGAUUGUUAGGAUUUUUGCCCAUGUGAGUUAUCUCAUCACAUGUCAAGUAUACACUCUAGGAACGAAGCAUUGGAAAAGCAUUACAAUUGACAGCCAAUUCGAAUUGUUUUAUCAAAUGGAUGUGCCUUAUUUUAUGAAUGGGAAUCUUCACUGGCUUACAUGUAGUUAUGCUGAUAAUAGUAACCCUCCUAGGGUUUAUUGCAUCGAUCUUGAAACCGAGCUAUUCAACUAUUUUUCUUGUCCUCCUAGUAUUCAACACUGUCGAAGAAGUUACUAUUAUGCGCUAUCUGUUUUGGGAGGACGCUUGUGCUUCACCAAUGAUGACUUUGAUGAUAAGGUUGAAAUAUGGUGCAUGAAGGUAUAUGGAGAUGACAAAUCAUGGACUAAAGAUUAUGUCAUCAAGAGAAAACCAUAUAUGCUCAAACUUCCUGAUAUUUUAUAUGGUUGUUUCAAACUCAAUAUACUUUAUGAUAUACAUGAUGUUAUUUUGGAUGACGAAACUAUAAAGGGUUUUGUGCUACGCCAAAAUCUCUACCAUGAUACGCUUUAUGCCGUUAAAGCAUUCGAAGAUGGGGGGGUCUUACUCGCUCUAGAAAGAUCUUCUCGACUAUUUUACUACUCGAAGGUGACUAAAGCUAUUCAAGAGAUCAAGAAAGAGAGGAAUCAUGAUAGUUCCAAGUUAGUUUUUCAUAGUCCGAGUUUAGUUUCGCUCAAAUCCUUGGUGAUGGAGAAUAUGAGGGUAGAAUAUAUUGCUUAUUAG